UCAGCCCCUGCCCUGCCGGUGUUUGACAUGGAAGAAGUGACAUGGGGUCUUCUUCUCCUGCUGACUUGCCUGCCUGUCUUGAAAGCCAACAAUAUUGACAAAAACAGUCCCUUCUAUUAUGACUGGGAAAACCUCCAGCUUGGCGGGUUGGUCUGGGCAGGAAUUAUGCGCAUAGCUGGCAUCACCUUUGCUUUGAGUAACAAAUGCAAAUGCAAGUCAGAUCCCAACGACAACCCAUUCCCUGAGAAAGCUACUCCACUUAUCAACUCAGGCUGUGAAAGUCACUGCUAAGCCCAGGGCCAGCUUCAUGGAGCUCCAAGA